GCCUAAAACCCUAUAAAAGAAGAAAGAAGAGAUGAUUCCUUAUGAAUGCCAUUAAAGAAAAAGAAAAAGAGGGAUGAAUAAUUUCUUGAUAUCUAAUAAAAAUAGUGCUUGCUCUAACCAACUAGAAAUAAUGUAUAUAUAGCAUUGUACUGCAACUGCAGAUGGAUGCAAAAAAUUGAAAUUGAUUAGUCUAUUGGGUUAGGAGAGCAGAUAGCUGUUUCAUUCCUAAAAGCAGAAGAAAGAAGUUGGCUCAGAAAUUCUUUACCUUAACUCUGUUGGUGAACUCAAACCAACUUAGGAAGUGAAAUUAAAAUAGUAAAAAUAAAGAAAACAUGGAAGAAUACUCAAGAACCAAUAUGUUUCCUUUACACAAUGCUGUUGCCUCAAGAAACUUUAAUGAAGUUCAGCGUCUGCUGGCAGAUGGACAUGAUGUUAAUGAACUACAUUAUGACCGUGUCACACCACUUCACAUGGCAUGUUUGUCAGGAGAUUUGAAGACUACACAAUACCUUCUAGACAGGGGAGCAUGGGUUGAUGCACAGAGCAUAGAUAACAGUACUCCCCUCUGUGAUGCAUGUGCUGGAGGCAGCCUAGAAUGUGUAAAGCUGUUGUUACAACAAGGUGCCUCAGUUAACCCACCAUUACUGCUUUCUACACCUCUACAUGAAGCAGCACUGAGAGGACAUACGCAGAUUGUUGCACUGCUCAUUCAAGAGGGUGCCAGGUUGAAUUGUAAUGACCUUCACUAUGGAACACCGCUGCAUGCUGCUUGUUCGAUGCAGAGACCAUCCAUAAGUUGUAUUCACCAUUUGCUGAAAUCGGGUGCUACUGUGAAUGCACUCAAGAACCACAAGACCCCACUCCACCUUAUUGCUAUGAAUAGCAAGAGUGAAGCAGCAACCGAAUUGUUGAUAGCAUAUGGAGCUAAUGUGUACCUUAAAGAUUGUUCAGGCUGUACUCCACGAAAUCUUGCUGGGCCAGAUACUCCAAUGGAAGCCAUUCUUGCUGCAUUUGAAAGAGACCCAAGGCCACUGACACAGUGGUGUAGAUUAGCCAUCAGAUCACAACUCGGCCCAAGAGGCGUUAAGCUGAUUGAUCAAUUAGAAGCACCUACAAUUCUUACCAGAUUUCUCCAGUAAAAAUAAUAAAGCAUACUAUAUUUCAUAUUUGUGACAUGGAGAAAUACAUUUUAUUAUUUUUAA